AUGGCAAUCCGAAGGUUUAAAAAGUUCAGCAAGCUGGAGCUUGUACUCAUUGUCCUGCUGCUUGUGUUGUUCAUCGUUGCUGUGGUUCUAAUUGUGCUCUUAGCCAAUUCUACUCCAUCAAAUGGUAACGAAACCACUCUCAGCCCUCCCACCACUCUCAGCCCUCCUACUACUCUUAGUCCUCCCAACUGCCCAGUGCUAAGUGAAGAGGAACGGAUAAGCUGUAUUCCUGACAAGACCCCUGACAAGGACACAUGUGACCAGCGUGGCUGCUGCUGGGAUCCACAGGGAGCUGCUAGUGUACGUUGCUACUAUUCCAAGGAUCAUGGCUACCAAGUGGAGAGUGAUCCUGUGCUUACAAGUACAGGAUUCACAGCCCAGUUGAAAAACUUGCCUUCUCCAUCGCUAUUUGGAAACAACAUCGAAAACAUCCUGCUCACAGCGGAGUACCAGACACCGAACCGCUUCCACUUUAAGCUGACUGACCCAACCAAGGGCAGGUAUGAGGUGCCCCACGAGCACGUGCGGUCCUUCACCGGAACUGCUGCUUCUCCCUUGAACUACCAAGUGGAGGUCUCGAAACAGCCAUUUAGCAUCAAAAUCACCAGGAAAAGCAACAACCGCGUGCUGUUUGACUCAAGUAUUGGGCCCCUCGUAUUUUCUGACCAGUUCCUUCAGUUCUCCGCCCGCCUGCCAAGCGCUAAUGUAUAUGGUCUGGGUGAACAAGUACACCAGCAGUACCAGCAUGACAUGAAUUGGAAGACCUGGGCCUUGUUUGCCAGGGACACAUUCCCCAACGCGAAUGGACAUAACUUGUAUGGUGUGCAGACAUUCUUCCUGUGCCUUGAAGACAAUAGUGGAUUUUCCUUUGGGGUGUUUCUGAUGAACAGCAAUGCCAUGGACAUUACCCUUCAGCCUACUCCAGCAAUCACAUACCGCACCAUUGGGGGAAUUCUGGACUUCUAUGUGUUUUUGGGGGACACACCUGAGCAAGUUGUCCAAGAGUAUAUAGAGCUCAUCGGGCGGCCAGCUCUGCCUCCAUACUGGGCACUUGGGUUUCACCUCAGCCGAUAUGAUUAUGAAUCCCUAGAAAAGAUGAAAACAGUUGUGGAUCGAAACCGUGCAGCAGAGCUCCCUUUUGAUGUGCAACAUGCCGAUAUUGAUUACAUGGACCAGAGGAAAGACUUCACUUAUGACCCAGUGAAUUAUAAAGGCUUCCCGGAGUUUGCUAACGAGUUACACAAUAAUGGGCAGAAACUUAUUAUCAUUUUGGAUCCAGCAAUUUCCAAUAACUCCCUCCCAAGUAAUCCCUAUGGCCCGUAUGACAGGGGUUCUGCAAUGAAAAUCUGGGUGAAUAGCUCUGACGGUGUAAACCCAAUCAUUGGACAGGUCUGGCCUGGAACAACUGUGUUUCCUGAUUACACCAAUCCCAACUGUGGUGUGUGGUGGGCAAAUGAAAUUGAACUUUUCCACAGUGAAGUGAAGUUUGAUGGAAUUUGGAUUGAUAUGAAUGAGGUCGCCAACUUUGUUAAUGGUUCCUUGUCAGGUUGUGCCAUAAACAACCUCAAUUAUCCCCCAUUCACACCAAAGAUCCUGGAUGGGAAGUUGUUCUCUAUGACUCUCUGCAUGGAUGCAACUCAGCACUGGGGCAAGCACUAUGAUGUCCACAAUCUGUAUGGCUACUCCAUGGCCAUUGCCACAGCAGAAGCCGUGAAGACCGUGUUCCCAGACAAGAGAAGCUUCAUCCUCACGCGGUCUACCUUUGCGGGAUCUGGCAAGUUUGCAGCCCACUGGUUAGGAGACAACACUGCCACCUGGAAGGACCUUCAGUGGUCCAUUCCAGGCAUGCUUGAGUUCAGCCUUUUCGGUAUCCCAAUGGUAGGGGCCGAUAUAUGUGGCUUCGCCGAGGACACCUCUGAGGAGCUCUGCAGGCGCUGGAUGCAGCUGGGGGCGUUUUAUCCAUUUUCCCGGAAUCACAAUGGCCAGGGCUAUAAGGACCAGGAUCCUGCCUCUUUUGGAGACAAUUCCUUGCUGUUGACUUCAUCUAGGCACUACCUUAACAUCCGAUACACUCUGCUGCCUUACCUGUACACUCUUUUCUACCGUGCGCACAGCCGGGGAGACACCGUGGCUAGGCCCCUUGUGCAUGAGUUCUAUGAGGACAGCAAUACGUGGGGCAUACACCAGCAAUUUCUGUGGGGACCAGGACUCCUCAUCACUCCUGUUCUGGAUGAGGGUGCAGUAAAAGUGAAAGCCUAUGUACCUGAUGCCGUCUGGUAUGACUAUGAGACCGGGGCACAACUGACUUGGAGAAAGCAAAGCGUUGAGAUGGAACUUCCUGGAGAUAAAAUUGGACUUCACCUUCGAGGAGGCUACAUCUUCCCCACACAACAGCCAAGCACAACCACAACAGCAAGCCGAAAGAACCCUCUUGGUCUUCUUGUUGCCCUGAAUGAAAGCAAAGAAGCAAGAGGAGAGCUGUUCUGGGAUGAUGGGGAGUCAAAGGAUACUGUGGCCAACAACAUUUACCUCUUCAGUGAAUUUUCUGUCACCCAAAACCAAUUGAAUGUGGCAAUUUCAAGUGCAAACUACAAGGAUCCCAAUAACUUAGCAUUCCAGGAAAUUAAAAUCUUUGGGACGGAGGCAAUUUACAAUGUUAGAGUGAAACAGAAUGGUGUCCUUAGUCCAAUGUCUCCACAAAUCGCUUACAAUUCAGACCUGAAGGUUGCCACCAUCACAGAUAUUCAUCUCGUGUUGGGAGAAGCAUAUACAGUGGAGUGGGACUUUAUGAAGGACCAGGAGAAGAUAGACUGCUAUCCAGAUGAGCAGGGGGCUUCUGAGGCCAACUGCAUUGCCCGUGGCUGCAUCUGGGAGGAAUCCAGCUCUUCUGGGGUCCCGUAUUGCUACUUUGCCAAUGAGCUAUACUCAGUCAGCAAUGUUCAGUAUGCCCCAAAUGAGGCUACAGCCGACAUCUCCCUGAAGGCUUCUCCAUUUACCAAUGCCUUCCCUUCUACCCCUGUGGAUCAACUGCAAGUGCGAGUGAUCUACCACAAGAAUGACAUGCUGCAGUUUAAGAUCUUUGAUCCCAACAACAAACGGUAUGAAGUUCCAGUGCCUCUGAACAUCCCUACUGUUCCAGAAAGCACAGAGGAAGGCCGUCUCUAUAAUGUCUCAAUCAAGGAGAACCCAUUUGGGAUUAUAAUUAGCAGGAAGAGUACAGGCACUAUAAUCUGGGACUCUGGGCUCCUUGGCUUCACCUUCAAUGACAUGUUCAUCCGCAUCUCCACCCGCCUGCCCUCCACAUACAUCUAUGGCUUUGGGGAAACUGAGCACCCAACUUUCAAGAUAGACUUGAACUGGCACACGUGGGGCAUGUUUUCCAGGGAUCAGCCCCCGGGGUACAAGAUGAAUUCCUAUGGUGUCCACCCUUACUACAUGGGGUUAGAGGAGGAUGACAAUGCCUAUGGAGUUCUCUUGCUGAACAGCAACGCCAUGGAUGUGACAUUCCAGCCCCUGCCUGCCCUAACAUACAGAACCACAGGGGGCAUUCUGGACUUCUUUGUGUUCUUGGGCCCAACUCCAGAGCUUGUCACUCAGCAAUACACAAAGUUGAUUGGUCGGCCUGUGAUGGUACCUUACUGGUCCCUGGGAUUCCAGCUGUGUCGCUAUGGAUAUGAGAAUGAUGCUGAGAUCGCCAGCUUGUAUGAUGAGAUGGUGGCUAAACGGAUCCCCUAUGACGUGCAGUACUCAGACAUCGACUACAUGGAGAGGCAGCUGGACUUCACCCUCAGCCCCAAGUUCUCUGGGUUUCCAGCCCUGAUCAAUCGCAUGAAGGAAGCCGGGAUGCGGGUCAUCCUCAUUCUGGACCCAGCCAUUUCUGGCAAUGAGACACAGGAGUAUCCUGCCUUUGAACAUGGUAUAAAGAAUGAUGUCUUCAUCAGAUAUCCCAAUAAUGGAGAUAUUGUCUGGGGAAAGGUCUGGCCUGAUUACCCUGGUGUUGAAGUGGACUCCUCUCUAGACUGGGACACUCAACUGGAGUUAUACCGAGCGUAUGUGGCAUUCCCAGACUUUUUCCGUAAUUCAACUGCCGAGUGGUGGAAGAAAGAGAUUCAAGAACUCCAUACAAACACAGAUAAUCCAGAAAAGAGCUUGAAGUUUGAUGGCCUGUGGAUUGAUAUGAAUGAACCUUCCAACUUUGUGAAUGGAGCAGUUUCUCCUGGCUGCAGCAAUGCUACUCUGAAUCAUCCUCCCUACAUGCCACAUUUGGAAGCCAGGGACAGGGGCCUGAGCAGCAAGACCCUGUGCAUGGAGAGCGAGCAGAUCCUUCCAGAUGGCUCCCGGGUGCGGCACUAUGAUGUGCACAACCUGUACGGGUGGUCCCAGACCAGACCCACCUACGAAGCUGUGCAGGAGGUGACAGGAGAGAGAGGGAUCGUCAUCACCCGCUCCACAUUCCCCACUUCUGGACGAUGGGCAGGACACUGGCUGGGAGACAACACAGCUGCUUGGGACCAGCUGAAGAAAUCCAUCAUUGGCAUGAUGGAGUUCAGUCUCUUUGGCAUCUCCUAUACCGGAGCAGACAUCUGUGGGUUCUUUCAAGAUGCUGAGUAUGAGAUGUGCAUUCGCUGGAUGCAGCUGGGCGCCUUUUACCCCUUCUCCAGGAACCACAACACCAUUGGGACCAAGAGACAAGAUCCUGUUGCCUGGAAUUCAACCUUUGAGGACAUUUCCAGAAGUGUGCUAGAGACCAGAUACACCCUGUUGCCAUAUCUCUACACCUUGAUGUACAAAUCCCACACAGAGGGCAGCACGGUUGUGCGGCCUCUUCUCCACGAGUUUCUGUCAGACCGGGAGACGUGGAAUAUAGAUAGACAGUUCCUGCUGGGUCCAGCCCUCCUGGUCAGCCCUGUGCUGGAGGCUAAUGCCAGAGAUGUCACUGCAUAUUUCCCCAAAGCCCACUGGUAUGACUACCCCACGGGUGCAGAUAUUAAUUCAACAGGAGAGUGGAAGACCUUGCCUGCCCCUCUUGAGCACAUCAAUCUUCACAUCCGUGGAGGUUACAUCUUGCCAUGGCAACAACAUGCCCUGAACACGCAGUUAAGCCGGAAGAACCCUCUUGGUCUUCUCAUUGCCGUGGAUGAAAACAAAGAAGCAAGAGGAGAGCUGUUCUGGGAUGAUGGGCAGUCAAAGGAUACUGUGACUACGAACACUUACCUCUUCAGUGAAUUUUCUGUGGCCCAAAACCAAUUGAACGUGACAAUUUCAAGUGCAAACUACAAGGAUCCCAAUAACUUAGCAUUCCAGGAAAUUAAAAUCUUUGGGACGGAGGCAAUUUACAAUGUUAGAGUGAAACAGAAUGAUGUCCUUAGUCAAAUGUCUCCACAAAUUGCUUACAAUUCAAACUUGAAGGUUGCCACCAUCACAGAUAUCCAUCUCGUGCUGGGAGAAGCAUAUACAGUGGAGUGGGACUUUAUGGAGGACCGGGAGAAGAUAGACUGCUAUCCAGAUGAGCAGGGGGCUUCUGAGGCCAACUGCAUUGCCCGUGGCUGCAUCUGGGAGGAAUCCAGUUCUUCUGGGGUCCCUUAUUGCUACUUUGUCAAUCACCUGUACUCAGUCAGCAAUGUUCAGUAUGACUCAAAUGAGGCCACAGCUGACAUCUCCCUGAAGGCUUCUCUUUCUAACAACGCCUUUCCCUCUACACCCGUGAAUCCGCUAAAAAUGCGAGUGAUCUACCACAAGAAUGACAUGCUGCAGUUUAAGAUCUACGAUCCCAGUCACAGUCGGUAUGAAGUCCCAGUGCCUCUGGACAUCCCUGCUGUUCCAGAAAGCACCAAUGAAGGCCGUCUUUAUGAUGUCACCAUCAAGGAGAACCCAUUUGGGAUUGAAAUUCGCAGGAAGAGUACAGGCACUGUAAUCUGGGACUCUGGGCUCCUUGGCUUCACCUUCAAUGACAUGUUCAUCCGCAUCUCCACCCGCCUGCCCUCCACAUACAUCUAUGGCUUUGGGGAAACUGAGCACCCAACUUUCAAGAUAGACUUGAACUGGCACACGUGGGGCAUGUUUUCCAGGGAUCAGCCCCCGGGGUACAAGAUGAAUUCCUAUGGUGUCCACCCUUACUACAUGGGGCUAGAGGAGGAAGGCAACGCCUAUGGAGUUCUCUUGUUGAACAGCAAUGCCAUGGAUGUAACAUUCCAGCCCCUGCCUGCCCUAACAUACAGAACCACAGGGGGCAUUCUGGACUUCUUUGUGUUCUUGGGCCCAACUCCAGAGCUUGUCACUCAGCAAUACACAGAGUUGAUUGGUCGGCCUGUGAUGGUACCUUACUGGUCCCUGGGAUUCCAGCUGUGUCGCUAUGGAUAUGAGAAUGAUACUGAGAUUGCCAACUUGUAUGAUGAGAUGGUGGCUAAGCGGAUUCCCUAUGACGUGCAGUACUCAGACAUCGACUACAUGGAGAGGCAGCUGGACUUCACCCUCAGCUCCAACUUCUCUGGGCUUCCAGACCUGAUCAAUCGCAUGAAGGCUGAUGGGAUGCGGGUCAUCCUCAUUCUGGACCCAGCCAUUUCUGGCAAUGAGACACAGCCAUAUCCUGCCUUUGAACGGGGUAUAAAGAAUGAUGUCUUCAUCAGAUAUCCCAAUAAUGGAGACAUUGUCUGGGGAAAGGUCUGGCCUGAUUACCCUGGUGUUGAAGUGAACUCCUCUCUAGACUGGGACACUCAACUGGAGUUAUACCGAGCUUAUGUGGCCUUCCCAGACUUUUUCCGUGAUUCAACUGCCGAGUGGUGGAAGCAGGAGAUUCAAGAACUCUACAGCAACCCUUGGGAGCCACAAAAGAGCUUGAAGUUUGAUGGCCUGUGGAUUGAUAUGAAUGAACCUUCUAGCUUUGUGAAUGGAGCAGUUCCUUCAGGCUGCAGCGACACUACUCUGAACCAUCCUCCCUACAUGCCACAUUUGGAAGCCAGGGACAGGGGCCUGAGCAGCAAGACCUUGUGCAUGGAGAGCGAGCAGAUCCUUCCAGAUGAGUCCCGGGUGCGGCACUAUGAUGUGCACAACCUGUACGGGUGGUCCCAGACCAGACCCACCUACGAAGCUGUGCAGGAGGUGACAGGAGAGAGAGGGAUCGUCAUCACCCGCUCCACAUUCCCCACUUCUGGACGAUGGGCAGGACACUGGCUGGGAGACAACACAGCUGCUUGGGACCAGCUGAAGAAAUCCAUCAUUGGCAUGAUGGAGUUCAGUCUCUUUGGCAUCUCCUAUACUGGAGCAGACAUCUGUGGGUUCUUUCAAGAUGCUGAUUAUGAGAUGUGCAUUCGCUGGAUGCAGCUGGGCGCCUUUUACCCCUUCUCCAGGAACCACAACACCAUUGGGACCAAGAGACAAGACCCUGUUGCCUGGAAUUCAACCUUUGAGGACAUUUCCAGAAGUGUGCUAGAGACCAGAUACAACCUGUUGCCGUAUCUCUACACCUUGAUGUACAAGGCCCACACAGAGGGCAGCACAGUCGUGCGGCCUCUUCUCCAUGAGUUUCUGUCAGACCGGGAGACGUGGAAUAUAGACAGACAGUUCCUGCUGGGUCCAGCCCUCCUGGUCAGCCCUGUGCUGGAGGCUAAUGCCAGAGAUGUCACUGCAUAUUUCCCCAAAGCCCACUGGUAUGACUACCCCACGGGUGCAGAUAUUAAUUCAACAGGAGAGUGGAAGACCUUGCCUGCCCCUCUUGAGCACAUCAAUCUUCACAUCCGUGGAGGUUACAUCUUGCCAUGGCAACAACAUGCCCUGAACACGCAGUUAAGCCGGAAGAACCCUCUUGGUCUUCUCAUUGCCCUGGAUGAAAACAAAGAAGCAAGAGGAGAGCUGUUCUGGGAUGAUGGGCAGUCAAAGGAUAAUUUGGCCAACAACAUUUACCUCUUCAGUGAAUUUUCUGUCGCUCAAAACCAUUUGAAUGUGAAAAUUUCAAGUCCAAACUACAAGGAUCCCAAUAACUUAGCAUUCCAGGAAAUUAAAAUCUUUGGGACAGAGGAAAUUAACAAUGUCAGGGUGAAACAGAAUGAUGUCCUCAUUCAAAUGUCUCCAAAAAUCUCCUACAAUUCAGACAUGAAGGUUGCCACCAUCACAGAUAUCCAUCUCGAGCUGGGAGAAGCAUAUACAGUGGAGUGGGACAUCAGGAGGGACCAGGAGAAGAUAGACUGCUAUCCAGAUGAGCAGGGGGCUUCUGAGGCCAACUGCAUUGCCCGUGGCUGCAUCUGGGAGGAAUCCAGCUCUCCUGGGGUCCCUUAUUGCUACUUUGCAGAAGAGCUGUACUCAGUCAGCAAUGUUCAGUAUGGCUCAAAUGAGGCCACAGCCGACAUCUCCCUGAAGGCUUCUCGUUCUAUUAACGCCUUCCCCUCUACACCUGUGAAUCCACUAAAACUGCAAGUGAUCUACCACAAGAAUGACAUGCUGCAGUUUAAGAUCUAUGAUCCCAACAACAAACGGUAUGAAGUUCCAGUGCCUCUGAACAUCCCUGCUGUUCCAGAAAGCACCAAUGAAGGCCGUCUCUAUGACGUUUUCAUCAAGGAGAAUCCAUUUGGGAUUGAAAUUCGCAGGAAGAGUACAGGCACUGUAAUCUGGGACUCUGGGCUCCUUGGCUUCACCUUCAAUGACAUGUUCAUCCGCAUCUCCACCCGCCUGCCCUCCACGUACAUCUAUGGCUUUGGGGAGACUGAGCACCCAACUUUCAAGAUGGACUUGAACUGGCACACGUGGGGCAUGUUUUCCAGGGAUCAGCCCCCGGGGUACAAGAUGAAUUCCUAUGGUGUCCACCCUUACUACAUGGGGCUAGAGGAGGACGGCAAUGCCUAUGGAGUCCUCCUGCUGAACAGCAACGCCAUGGACGUGACAUUCCAGCCCAUGCCUGCCCUGACUUACCGCACCACAGGGGGAAUUUUGGAUUUCUUUGUAUUCUUGGGGCCAACUCCCGAGCUUGUCACUCAGCAGUACACAGAGUUGAUUGGUCGGCCUGUGAUGGUACCUUACUGGUCCCUGGGAUUCCAGCUGUGUCGCUAUGGAUAUGAGAAUGAUACUGAGAUUGCCAGCUUGUAUGAUGAGAUGGUGGCUAAGCGGAUCCCCUAUGACGUGCAGUACUCAGACAUCGACUACAUGGAGAGGCAGCUGGACUUCACCCUCAGCCCCAAGUUCUCUGGGUUUCCAGACCUGAUCAAUCGCAUGAAGAAAGAUGGGAUGCGGGUCAUCCUCAUCCUGGACCCAGCCAUUUCUGGCAAUGAGACACAGAAGUAUCCUGCCUUCGAACGGGGUAGAGAGAAAAACGUCUUCAUCCGAUAUCCCAAUGGUGGAGAUAUUGUCUGGGGAAAGGUCUGGCCUGAUUACCCUGGUGUUGAAGUGAACUCCUCUCUAGACUGGGACACUCAAGUGGAGCAAUACCGAGCUUAUGUGGCCUUCCCAGACUUUUUCCAUAAUUCAACUGCCGAGUGGUGGAAGAAAGAGAUUCAAGAACUCCAUACAAACCCAGAUAAUUCAGGAAAGAGCUUGAAAUUUGAUGGCCUGUGGAUUGAUAUGAAUGAACCUUCCAGCUUUGUCAAUGGGGCAGUUCCUUCCGGCUGCAGCGAUGCUACUCUGAACCAUCCUCCCUACAUGCCACAUUUGGAAGCCAGGGACAGGGGCCUGAGCAGCAAGACCCUGUGCAUGGAGAGUGAGCAGAUCCUUCCAGAUGGCUCCCGGGUGCGGCACUAUGAUGUGCACAACCUGUACGGGUGGUCCCAGACCAGACCCACCUACGAAGCUGUGCAGGAGGUGACAGGAGAGAGAGGGAUCGUCAUCACCCGCUCCACAUUUCCCACUUCUGGACGAUGGGCAGGACACUGGCUGGGAGAUAAUACAGCUGCCUGGGACCAGCUGAAGAAAUCCAUCAUUGGCAUGAUGGAGUUCAGUCUCUUUGGCAUCUCCUAUACCGGAGCAGACAUCUGUGGGUUCUUUCAAGAUGCUGAGUAUGAGAUGUGUGUUCGCUGGAUGCAGCUGGGCGCCUUUUACCCCUUCUCCAGGAACCACAACACCAUUGGGACCAAGAGACAAGACCCUGUUGCCUGGAAUUCAACCUUUGAGGACAUUUCCAGAAGUGUGCUAGAGACCAGAUAUACCCUGUUGCCGUAUCUCUACACCUUGAUGUACAAGGCCCACAAGGAGGGCAGCACAGUUGUGCGGCCUCUUCUCCAUGAGUUUGUGUCGGACAAUGAGACCUGGAAUAUAGACAGACAGUUCCUGCUGGGUCCAGCCUUCCUGGUUAGCCCUGUGCUGGAACAUAAUGCCAGAACUGUAGAAGCAUACUUUCCUAGAGCCCGCUGGUAUAAUUACUACAGAGGUAUAGAUAUUAAUGCAAGAGGCCAAUGGAAGACCUUGCCAGCCCCUCUGGAGCACAUUAAUCUUCAUGUCCGUGGGGGCUACAUCCUGCCCUGGCAGGAACAUGCCCUGAACACCCAAUUGAGCCGUCAGAAAUUCCUGGGCCUUAAGGUUGCCUUGAAUGACACGGGACUUGCUGAGGGCUGGCUAUUCUGGGAUGAUGGGAAAAGCAUUGAUAUGACAAAAUACUACUUGGCCAGGUUUUUUGUCAGCCAGAAUGUAUUGCAGACAGAUGUUAUUUUUAACGAUUACUUACGUGGUACGACAGCUUUGAACCUAGGCUAUGUGGAAGUUUGGGGAUUGGGUAAUGUUUCCAUUACCAGUGUGAACAUCAUUGGGAACAACCUUAAUGAAACAGUCUCCUAUGACUACAACACUGAAACCCAGAUAUUAAGAGUUAAUGUGACUGACAGAAACAUCGGUCUGCAUCGUUUUCAGUCAUUGACAUGGAACUCUUCAUAAAUUUUUAGAACAGGAUACUACGAAAAGAUUUAAACUACUUAUACUUUAUAAUUAUAUAAUCAUUAUGUAUCACCAAUUGUUUCAUUCCCAGUAUGACUAGAAUAUUUUGUGAUGUUUUUGUAUAUUGUAUGACUCCCAAAAAUAAUAUCUCUGGGUCAAUUUAAUGUAUGUAAUUAGUGUGGUAUACAUGGUUCAUCAUAUGACAUUCAGAUGUGAAGAUGAAGUAGAUCUGCGUUGAAGUGUGUGUGUGUGUGUGUGUGUGUGUCUGUGUGUGUCUGUGUGUGUGUGUGAGUUGGUAUGGGGGUAGGAGAACAAUAUGCAGAGCCAAUGGUGAAGGAGGAAGAAAAAGAACACAGGAAGGAAGCGGGGAAGAUGCACGGCAAUGUUAGGGAGCAGCAAGAGUAAUAGUCAUUCUAAGGGGUGGUAGCCUUGUGGGGAGGAGAAAGGAGAGUUAACUUAUUUGAAAAAGAAGGGGGUCUUAAAGAAAUGCUUAACACACAGGAAGGCAAUGAAGAGAUUUAAGUAGGUACAGCUGAAGGAAGGGAUUGGAUGUGCAAAAUAAGUUGAUUGCAUAGAAGUGUACUUGGAAAUGUAUAAAUCUUGUU